AUGGAGAAAUGUGCAGUGUUUGCCGGCGGGCUUCACCCGACUCCUGCCCCGAAUCAAAUUUCGGGUCCUUCAAGAACCACCUCUGUGAAGCUUCUCCCUACUCCCUUUGCAGAACGAACUCACUUCUCCCCCUUUUCCCCCAAGUUUCCAAAGUUGUCCUCCCAUUCUGCAACUUAUAGCAGCAGUAAUAUCAAUGGAAACCCAAUUCGUAUGGCCUCUCCUCAGACUAGCAGUGUAACUUCUGAAUUAGACGAUAUCGAUUGGGACAAUCUUGGCUUUGGCUUCAUGUCAACUGAUUAUAUGUACGUCAUGAAAUGCUCUCAAGGUGAAGAGUUUUCAAAAGGUGAAUUGCAGCGGUUUGGGAACAUAGAGUUGAGCCCGUCAGCUGGGAUUUUGAACUAUGGGCAGGGACUGUUUGAGGGUCUGAAAGCCUACAGAAAACAUGAUGGCAACAUUUUACUCUUCCGUCCUGAAGAAAAUGCUUCGAGGCUGAGGAUGGGUGCUGAGCGCAUGUGCAUGCCCUCUCCGACUGUUGAACAAUUUGUGGAGGCUGUAAAAUUCACUGUUCUAGCUAACGAGAGAUGGAUUCCUCCACCUGGAAAAGGCUCCUUAUACAUCCGUCCACUGCUUAUGGGAAGUGGGGCUGUUCUUGGUCUUGCACCAGCUCCAGAGUAUACAUUCUUAAUAUAUGUAUCACCUGUCGGUAACUACUUUAAGGAAGGCUUAGCACCAAUAAACUUGAUAGUUGAGACUGAGAUGCAUCGUGCAACUCCUGGUGGUACUGGAGGUGUAAAGACCAUUGGUAACUAUGCAGCGGUGCUAAAGGCCCAGAGUGCUGCAAAAGCAAAAGGCUAUUCUGAUGUUCUGUAUCUUGAUAGUGUUCACAAAAAGUAUCUAGAAGAGGUCUCCUCUUGUAAUGUUUUUAUCGUAAAGGGAAAUGUCAUUUCAACUCCUUCAAUUAAAGGAACCAUCCUACCUGGCAUUACUCGAAAGAGCAUAAUUGAUGUUGCUCUUAGUCAAGGCUUCCAGGUUGAGGAACGUGAGGUAACUGUGGAUGAGUUACUUAAUGCUGACGAGGUUUUCUGCACGGGAACAGCUGUUGUUGUGUCUCCUGUAGGAAGCAUAACUUAUCUUGGUAAAAGGGUGACUUAUGGGGAAGAUGGAAUUGGUCGUGUAUCGCAACAACUCUACUCAGCUUUAACAAGCCUGCAGAUGGGAUUGACAGAGGAUAAAAUGGGUUGGAUAAUGGAGCUUAAGUAG